CGGAGGGAAGAGGAAGAAGCUGCGGGGUGAACCGGGGCUGGAGUCCAUUUUAUUUACACCGGUGAGGCUGCUACAUUUUCAUCUGUCGGGGUUUUCAGGAGCUCACAAGUUAAAAGUCGACUUUAACCAACGACACUAAAGAACCCCCCCACGUGAAAACUACGAUUUAUUCCCUUGAAUGUGGAAAUAAGGUGUUCAGACAUGAGCAGUUCAGAGGAAGUGUCAUGGAUCUCCUGGUUCUGUGGACUGAGGGGGAAUGAAUUUUUCUGUGAGGUGGAUGAAGACUACAUCCAGGACAAGUUCAACCUGACAGGGCUCAAUGAGCAGGUUCCUCACUAUCGCCAGGCCCUGGACAUGAUCCUGGACCUCGAACCAGACGAGGAGCUGGAGGACAAUCCCAACCAGAGUGACCUGAUCGAGCAGGCAGCCGAGAUGCUGUAUGGCCUCAUCCACGCACGCUACAUCCUCACUAACCGAGGCAUCGCACAGAUGUUGGAGAAGUAUCAGCAGGGAGACUUCGGCUAUUGCCCUCGUGUUUACUGUGAGAAUCAGCCCAUGCUUCCUAUUGGUCUGUCGGAUAUCCCAGGUGAGGCCAUGGUGAAGCUGUACUGCCCUAAAUGCAUGGAUGUCUACACACCUAAAUCCUCCAGGCACCACCACACAGAUGGAGCUUAUUUUGGCACUGGCUUCCCCCACAUGCUCUUCAUGGUUCACCCUGAGUACAGGCCGAAGAGGCCCGCCAACCAGUUUGUGCCCAGGCUGUACGGGUUCAAGAUCCACCCCAUGGCCUAUCAGCUGCAGCUGCAAGCCGCCUCCAGUUUCAAGAGCCCCGUCAAGGCCAUCCGCUAGAGUGUCAACGACAGAGGAGGAGGAAGAGGAGGAAAAUUCAUAGAGAAAGAGGGAGAUGACAGCAAAGAAUAAUCGUCCGAAGAGCAGGGGGGUCACCUGUAUUCUAGAGCUCUUCAGAUGUCCCCUCCCCACCCUGAAGACUGUAUUAUUUUGGUUUAGAUUAGGGCAAAUGAAAACAAAGUGUAAAGAUUUUUUUGAGUGUGAGCGAGACAUAAACAACGCACAGCUACGAUCAUAAUCACAAAUACACACACACACAAACACAGACACAAACAUUUAAGAAAAGAAAUACAACCACACACCUGGGAUUCCAUACACAUACCUUUCCAAACUCAGCAGUGCCAAAACAGGAGGUGAAGUAAGAUGAAGCUGAACAGUUCAGGGGCUCCACGUCGCUGCACCCCAUCACUCACUCUACAGCACACUGAUGAGAAAAUGAUAGAAUUGAUCAGUGGGUGGCUCUGCAGGGAGCUUUCCCCUGUUGAAGAGGUUUUUGUGUUCUGGGCUUUUUGACAGGAAGCUGCAAAAGUGCAAUGGCUGAGUCAGUUUUCACCUCUGACUCUGUUUUGUGUUUUUUUUUUUCUGUAUUUGGCACAGUUUGGUAAAGGGUGGUGGUGGUAAACCCUCUGUCAUUCAAAGCCUCCUCCCCAUUAGUCCCCCGAUGCAUGUACACUCAGGCGGGCUCUCCCACAGACAGUUUGGACAGUGCUAACGGUGUUUUUUUUCUCAGAAGGGCGUUUGUGAAAUUUGAUUUGUCUGAUGUUUUGUGGUGUUGGUGCACAAAACAUUGUUAAAUUUGCCUUAAAGAUGCAGAGAAAACACCCGGAUUGUUUUGCUUUACCAGAGGCACAAGCAGUUUUAAAUUUUUUCUGCUGUCAGAGGAGUUAGCGUAGAAAUAGAUUUAGCAAAUAUGAUUUUCUGAAUAGUAAUAAUAAUUAUUUCUCCAGCUGUCUAUACGCGUGUCAAACAACUGUCUGUAUUGGUACCGAAGUGUGAAUAUAACCUGCGAUGAAGUUGUUUUUCGAGAAACGCCCCCCUCCCUCCCCAGCAGCAGAAUUGCCGGUGUUUGUAUCGCUUAACCUCUCGGUUGUUUAACAUUUACAAAAACAUAGAACAGCUAUUUGUCAGUUGGCGUUUGCGAGGCUAGUUGUUUUUAAAUUAGUGUUGAAUAGUGGGAUUUAAAACUCAUCCUUAUGUUUAGCUAAUUUGUACAAAACCCAAAACGACAAAUUUCUGUCUACAGGUGGUUUAGCUUGUUAAAGUGAGUAAACUUAAAGAGUCGACUUCUCUUCUGUGGGAAAUAACAGUGAACGUUCAGAUUAAACUAACAAGGUGCAACCUUGUAAUUAUUAUAUAUUAUAUAAUAAUUAUAUUGAGCUACAGAGGUGUUAGCUGGAUUUUUAUCACCUUUAAUAAUAAAACCGAGACUAGCAGUUUGCUAGUUUCCAGUUUUAAAGCUAAGCUCAAUCAACUUGCUGCUGGUUGUGGUUUCAGAUUUAAGGGACAGAUUCGAGUGGAUUCAGUCUUCACAUCCAACUCCCCUCCCCCCCAAAAAAAGAAGUUUUCCCAAAAUGUCAAACUAGUUGUGUAAAGAUCAAGCAGGAGACUCAGAGAAAGAGGAAUUUAGACAAUCUGAAUCCUUCCGCUCACUCCACCACUGCACUGAUCCAUCCUCCUGGUGUCUCUCCACAGCCGUCUCAUUAUUUAUGUUCACGUUUCGAGACCGACCGAUCACCAGCCGCCAGUUUUUGUUUCUGAAGCAGUGGGGGGGGGGGGGCAGAUGCUCAGCUGCCUCUCCCACUCUCUCUCCUCUUUUACUUUUGUGUGACUGGAAUAGAUUUAAUUUUCUUUUUUUUUUUUGGAUUCCAUGAUACAAGAGGAAAUGUAUUUAUGUGUCCAGAUGAUUUUAACUGAUGUUUGCUUGUGUUGUCGUCGUCUUUCUGCGACUGUGGGUGAGCAGGAUUCAGAAUUCUCAAUAAACUUCUAUUUUCUUUUCAUA